GGGGCACGUCAGGCUGGGCAGCGGACGGGGGCACGUCAGGCUGGGCAGCGGACGGGGGCACGUCAGGCUGGGCAGCGGACGGGGGCAUGUCAGGCUGGGCAGAGGACCGGGGCACGUCAGGCUGGGCAGCGGACGGGGGCACGUCAGGCUGGGCAGCGGACGGGGGCACGUCAGGUUGGGCAGCGGACGGAGGCACGCCAGGCUGGGCAGCGGACGGAGGCACGUCAGGCUUGACAGUGGACAGAGGCACGUCAGGCUGGGCAGCGGACGGAGGCACGUCAGGCUGGGCAGUGGACAGAGGCACGUCAGCGGGCACCGAGUCAUCUGGCAAGACAGCGAGCACCGAGUCAUCUGGCACGACAGCGGGCACUGAGUCAUCUGGCACGACAGCGAGCUCUGAGUCAUCUGGCAGAACUUCGGCACCGGGUCACCAAGCUCGACAGCGGGCACCGAGUCAUCUGGCAUGACAGUGGGCACCGAGUCAUCUGGCACGACAGCGGGUACCGAGUCAUCUGGCAUGACAGCAGGCACCGAGUCAUCUGGCUCGACAGCGGGCAUCAGAUCAUCAGGCAUCAGGUCAUCUGGCUCGACAGCAGGCAUCGGGUCAUCAGGCAUCAGGUCAUCUGGCUUGACAGCGGGCAACGAGUCAUCUGGCAUGAUAGGAUCAUCAGGCCGGCGUACACUGGGUCAUCAGGCA